UCCCCUGCAGGUCUGAUGCACAUGCUCCUAAAGCACCUGGUGGACAGGUAUAACAUGUACUACGCCUACCUGCCCUCCAAGCUGGACAAGAAGAUCCACUCGGGAGCCGUCAACCAGGUGGUGGCCGCCCCCAUCCUCUGCCUCUUCUGGCUCCUCUUCUUCUCCACCGUCCGCAUAGGGUUCCUAGCGCCCACCUCCAUGUUCACCUUCGUGGUGCUCAUCAUCACCAUCGUGGUGUGCCUGUCACACGUCUGCUUCGGGCACUUCAAGUACCUGAGCGCGCACAACUAUAAGAUUGACACCAAGGACACAGACGCAGACGCUGUGGAAAAUGGCCGACCGGCACGUGCAUCACCAACCAGCAAGAUGGCCCAGCAGCAGUCCUACAUUGCCCAGGUGCUGCAGGACCCAAACGCGGACGAGGCGGGCGCCGGCAGCUGCAGCGAGGAGGACGGCCAGGGCUCCUCGCAGGACGAGGAGAUGAUCAACGGGGGGAACAGUCUGAACGAGGCCGACUUCCAGUCCGGCGAGGACAGCCUCAUUGCCAACGAGGUCCACCAUUGAACCGCACGGGGGGGGGGGGGGGGGGAAGAGAGAAGAGUGAUAGAGAGCGAGAGAGAGAGAGAGAGAGAGAGAGAGAUGGAGGAGGAGAAGAAGAACAGAGUGAUUGAGUGAUCCACUGGACAAGUGGGGCCAUCCAGAACCAUCGGCACCAAAGGAGGACACAAGAACACUAUUGGAGACACAGUGGUAAUAUGGUGACACACGUAUACACACACGUACAGGUAGAAAUGUGCCCAAGCACUCUCACACGCACACAGGGAAGAAUGUUCACAUGCACUUCUCCGCUGCACAGAAGUUUCGCGUAAGCACAAUGUUGGUGUGCAUAAAAACACACAUUUCUUAUGACAUAUACACGCAUAUACUUGACAUAUA